ACAUCUCUGCCCUCCUUUCAACCCUGCCAGCUGUCUUUCUGGUAAACAUCUUCAAUGUAUGGCCAUUUCCAAGACACUGGAGAGUGUAACAGCUAGCUAGCUCCAGUCCUGCGUUUUGGGAUGGAUCUGUUGGAGAUCCCCACGCCGAUGAAUGAUCAUGCUGCUUCUCCCCCUUCGGAGCCCAAAGCCAAGAGCUGCGAUCUGUCCCCCGCUAUGAGAGCCAAGAUCGAACGGAACAGACAGCGUGCUGUGAUGCUGAGGCAAGCCCGCCUGGCCAAAAGCCCAUCGGCAGGAGAAGGGGGUGGAACCUCGGCUAAAGUCGUCAAGACAGUCGACUCUGGUGGAGGGUUCUUCAUUGAAGAAGAAGAGGAGAAGCAAAAGAAAGUGGUGCAUCAACCAGCCCCUGUGAUAAAGGCAGACUACCUGCUGUGUGAUGACUGUGACAAGUCAUUUAUGGAUUCCUACCUCAGCAACGGCUUCGAUCUGGCAGUCUGUGACAACUGCAGAGACUACGAGGUUAAACACAAGCUGAUAUCCCGUACGGAGGCUAAGCAGCUCUACCUACUGAAGGACUGUGACCUGGACCAGAGGGAGCCAGUGCUGAGGUUUGUCCUGAGGAAGAACCCACACAACCCUCACUGGGGAGACAUCAAACUCUACCUCAGGCUGCAGGUGGAGAAGCGCUCCUUAGAGGUGUGGGGCUCUGAGGAGGCCCUGGAGGAGGCCAAGGAAGCAAGAGAGGAAAACAGGGAGGUGCAGAAGCAGAAGCGCUUCAACAAAAAAGUCAAAGAGCUGCGUUGUGCGGUGAGGAGAAGCAUGUGGACCAAGGGAACCAGUGCUCACCAGCACGAGUACAGCCCUGAGGAACUAGUGGAUGAAGAGGAGGAUCUCUACAGGAAGGUCUGUAACGCCUGUGGACACGAACUGACCUAUGAGAAGAUGUAGCCGUGUGUCCUUUAAACCUUAUCCCCGGGGGCCCACAGGGGAGUUAUUUUUAUGUGGACCACUGUACUUGACACAGGCCUUGAAGCAAGGAGGCCUACCUGAAAUCAUGUCUCAGCACAUGCCAUACACAACGCAGACAUACAUCAAUAUUUCUCUCUUACAAUAUGUUGUGCUCCAGAAGCAGGUGAUUGCUGUUAUACUGUAAAAUAUGAACUGUUAAGCAUAUUAACUUCCCUUUUCUAUAGACCAUUUGUAAAAUCAUGUA